AUGGCGCCGGGCUCCAAGAAGAAGAAGAAGAAGAAGGGCGUGAAGGGGAGCCCAGUGGACAAGCUCACGGACGACAUCCUCGCCGACAUAUUCUCGCGCGUGCCCUACAAGUCCUCACGCUGCUGCAAGUGCGUCUCCACGCGCUGGCGCGACCUCUUCUCCCACCCCGACCACCGCAAGAAGAUGCCCCAGUCCAUCGCCGGCUUCUUUUAUGAAGACUACAACGCGGACCGCUUUCCAAAGACGGCUCGCUAUUUCAUCAACAUCCCAGGGAAAUGUUACCAUCUUAUUGAUCCCUCACUAUCAUUCCUGCCAAAAUGCGAGAGGCUUGAUAUCAUGGACUGCUGCAACGGCCUCCUCCUCUGCCGCUGUUGGAAGGAGACAGAUCCCGAGACAGUAGAUUAUGUGGUGUGCAAUCCGGCCACCAAGAAAUGGGUGGUUGUGCCUUCCACAGAAUGGUCCAGCAAGGUGGACGUCACUCGCCUCGGGUUCGACUCCGCUGUCUCCGCACAUUUCCAUGUGUUCGAGUUCAUUCGUGAGGAGGGACAGCUACAUUUUACAUGCAGUACUGAUUCUGAAUCUGAUGAUAUCAUUUGCCAAGAAAGUUCUGAUUCUGAUAGUUCCAACUUAUUAGUAUGGGUUCUUGAGGAUUACAGUACUGAAAAAUGGACCUUGAAGCACACUGUUAGCCAUUUGCGAUUGUUCAGAAAUAUUCGUUCAGGACAGAAUUCUUUUGGAAUAUCAUCAGAUGUUGACAUUGUUGGGCUUCCACCUGAAUUAGGAGACCUUUUUUAG